AUGGCCCAACGCGCCGCCGCUCAUCCCGAGAAGGAAGACGAACCAGUAUCCGUUUCGCCUCGACAGAGCUCCAACAAUAACGGCCUCAGCACCACUACGGUCGUGGGCGCCAUUCUAGGAGUCGCCGCUGCUGGUGCAGCUCUUACAUACGGUUUCGCGAGUCACGCGGCGAAGGAACGAGAACGAAAACCAAGACAGGAAUACGAAGGCCAAGCCCCCCAGCUCCCCCGACGUUCGACAUUCCCCGAGAAAGCCCCACCAGUUCAUAAACUGCACCACGAAGAGCGCCGAACCGUAUACGGCGACUAUCCUCCCAAUGCCUCGCAAUAUCCUCCCAAAGCACUGCCCUACCGAGGCCAUGGUGGCUUCCCGGCCCCAGACGUAUACCCAGAAGGCUAUCCAUUCCAACAGAACAUGCAGAACGACUACGCACCCCGCAAAAUGUCUCACCACAACUCGUACCCACCAAAGAACCUCGGGUAUACAGAGGAAGACAGCAGUGAAGACUCUCCGGACGAGCCACCGCCCCGCCAAAUACAGUAUCUUACUCAGGUUCCCUACAACGAAGAGAAUCCGUGGGCCUCUAACACCCGGGCCAGGAGUAGGAGCAGAACACGAAGUGUGGCCAAGAGUACGGCAAGAAGUGUUGCUGCAAAUAGUGCUGCCCCAAGCACAAGGACUGUUACGAAGAGCACUGCAAGGAGUGUCGCUCCUUCUCGAGCUCGAUCGCCAAGCCAGGCGCCUGAUGAAGGCCGCCAUACUUCGAGAGUCCGUGACGACGGGUUUGAGCCACGCAGCGGCCGCUCAUCAAGGCCCCCACCCAGCGACAUCUAUGACAGGCGCAGUCGCAGAUCAUCACGACCACCACCGGAAGAUGGUUUCGAAAGAAGUCGCCGAUCAUCAAGGCCCCCUGUGACCGAGAAGCCAAGAAGUAUGCGUGCGCGUAGCGAAGUAGGUGCUGGUCGUAGCAAGUCUAUCGUGUUGGCCGACGAUCUUCAGAGCGAAGCGCCGUUCAGCCGCAAAUACGACGACCGCCAAAGCCACGCGGGCUCUCGCCCGCCAAAGUCAUCACGAUCGGUCGUCCGUGGUAAUAGGCCUACGUACGACGAUGAGCGAACGUACGUUUCUACCCGAUCGCGUCCGUCGUCACGAGCUCCUCGUCGUUCCUCACGUACCGAUGUGGAUGAUGAUAUCAUGGAAGCACCAGAGGUGCCCGAAGUUCCUGAUGCUCCUGAGAUUCCUCUGGAUCCAAACAUCUAUGAGGUCCCUGACGACAUGAUGCCGAGAGGUCAAGGCAGGAGUCGAUAUAAUAUGCCCCGGAUGGCUAGUGGGCCUGAGUAUCAGCAUAUGGGCUUUCCAGGCAAGGCCCAGAGCUACGUCUCUGCAAGGGAUGUCUGUUUACCGAUGAGCGGCGUUGGCAGUAGUCACGCUGAGUGGGAUGACGAUAUGGUCAGUGUUGCUCCUAGCGACAGUAUCAGUUGUGUCGAAUGA